AUGGACGAUGCGUAUGCCUAUGAAAUCGGGCAGGAUGAUUUCGAUCCUGGCAAUGCCCUUGCGGAGAUCAUCACUCUCGGCAACUACUUGUCUGGGCAUUUUCAAAGCCGUCUCUCGUCACAGGAAGAAGCUUCCCUUGAAGAGAAAAUCCUGAGCUCUCUAGCUCUAAUGGUAUACGGUUCCAACAUGCUUGAGCUAGCUGGAUUAGAGAUAGGAGUAACCCUUAAGUUGAGUAUGGCGAUAUUCCGGGGCGAAGAGGCGCCUGAGGAUAUCGGGGAGACCACCAAAGAGUUCUGA